GUGCGACCAGAGAAUGUUCAAGCAUGGUUCAUGCCCAUUGUCCAGUAUGUUGAGUAUGUGAUGUCAACGCAAUAAUGGCGAGCAUGUCUACGACACUAAAAUAAAAUUGAAUUCCUGUUCUUAAAUUACAAAGUGUGCUGAUACAGUACAGUUUAAAAACUUUAGUUAUUUUCAUAGUUGUCUUUGAAGAAUGGCAGCAAUUAAAUUGAAUCCAUCAAAUUCACCUUCCGUUGAAUUAAGUUCCUAUCGGGAUCAACACUUUAAGGGUUCGCGAGCUGAACAGGACAGACUUUUAAGAAAUUCUACAACGCUGUAUGUCGGAAAUUUGUCAUUUUAUACCACGGAAGAACAGAUAUACGAAUUAUUUUCAAAGUGCGGUGACAUCAGAAGAAUUAUAAUGGGUUUGGACAAAUACAAGAAGACACCUUGUGGUUUCUGUUUCGUCGAGUAUUAUUUAAGAUCGGAUGCCGAACACUGCAUGAGGUACAUUAAUGGAACUCGUUUGGAUGAUAGAAUAAUUAGAACAGACUGGGAUGCAGGAUUUAUAGAGGGCAGACAAUAUGGACGAGGAAAAACUGGUGGACAAGUGAGGGAUGAAUAUAGAUCGGACUUUGAUAGUGGACGAGGAGGAUACGGUAAAAUAAUCCAACAGAAAGUGACGCCUAUUUCUGAUGGAGGUUUUGGUCGUUAAUGAACAUGACUACCUUCCUAUACUAAAUUUUGUAUGCAUAAGACAACUAUUCAGUUAGUUACAUUUAAGCGAAAAUAAUAUUUAAGGAAUUAUAAUAAUUGUACAUAUAUGAUAAGAAUGAACAUGGAACAUGGAUGAAAACUAUUUAUACAUAAGACGAA